AUGACAUUUUGACCUCUUAAGAAGACCCCCCCAAUAAUCGAAUCAAAUCAGUUUCCCUCCGGCCUCCUCCCUUCUUUCUAUAUUCCGGCUGCUAGAGAUAUUGUAUCUGCUUCUCCUCCUCCGUCGCCGAUUCAACAAAAAGAAAUCUUCAGGAAUCAGGACGAGAAUCAAUCAAGGUAUCUCACAUUUCAAAUCUAGGGAUAGAAGGACGUUGAUCUUAGCGAAAUCCAUACUAUUGAAAACUAAAACAUGGAAGAGGAUUCACGAACAUCUCCAGAACCAGCUUACCAUGUUGAUGGAACUGAUACAGAAUACAUCUCAGGACUUAGUACCUUACUAGCUGCUACAAUCCAAGAAACAAAGGAAAGUGUUUCUCAGAUAGAAUAUCUCUUCUGCAAGCAAUUAUUUCCAGAUUUCCAAUCAAAACUGAAAAAAGUAUAUUCUGAAGCAAAGAAAGUCGCCGAAGAAGAAUGUAAGAAAAAGGAAAACGAUCUAAUUGAUCAAGUAAAAACACUCCAAUCCGAAAAACAAAAGUUUUUGGAAGAAAACCAGUUUUUAAAGAUGGAAAAUAGCAAGGUAAAGAAGGUUUCAGGAUCAUCAUCUAAACAUGGUAAUGAUCUUGAAGAGGAGCUGAAAAGAAAAAAUAAAGAGAUAGCUGAAAAAAGAGAACUACAACAAAGCUUACGUGAACUUCUAGAUUCAAAGGCCUCACUUGUACAUGGCAAUGAAAAGAGAUUAAAGGAGCUUGAAGAUGAAAACCACUAUCUUCGUCAGAAAACAAAUGGACAAGAACUUGAACUUGAAGAGUUAAGAUUGACUCUAAGAUGCAAGUCAAGAAUAAUAGAAGAGAAAGAGGAAUCAAACUGUGAGCUUAUUGAGUUGGUUCAAUCAAAGGUAUUUCUCAUAGAGCAAAAAGAAAGACAACUGAAAGAAGCAAACGAUAAAAAGAAUGAGCUUCUUGCAAAGCUUGAGAUUUCAGAGAAAAAGAUAGAUGAAAAGAUCGAGUGUGAAGAAACAUUGCUGACAAAAACGAGAACACAAGCUUCAGAGAUUGUAAAGGCUAGAAAGCUUCUUGAUGAUUGUGAAAAUGUGAAAAGAUUGCUUAUUGCGAAAGUAAAAGGGUUAGAGGAGGAAAUUGAUAAGCUUCAAAUGGAUGUUAGAGAGAGGAGUAAUGAGUCAACUGAAGGAAUGGAAUUGCAUGGGAAAUUACUUCAGCAGAUUGAAGGGAAGAAUGCUGAGAUAAUGAUAGAGAAGCAGAAAAGAAGGGAAGUUGUAGACGCCUAUAAAAAGCUCAAAUCUCAGUACAUUUAUUUAUGCUCAAAAUCAGGCCUAACUCCAGAAAAUAUGAUUGGCAACACCAGCAAAGAAGUUAAUAAAGACUUGUUAGGCCAUGAUCAGAAUAUAUUGAAUUCACCUGUCAAUGGACAGAAAUCUCCGAAUAUCCCAGUGCCUGUUUGUGAAACAACUAAUCAUACCACAAACCAACAAAACUGUGAAGUCAAAAAAGAAAUCAAAUCGACCUCAAAUGACAUCACCAAAAAGUCAAACUUAUUAUCCGGAACAAAACGUCCGGUUUCUCACUGGAGAGACACUCGACCUACAAAAAACAGAAACGGACCAGACCCUCACGAUGAUUUUCUCGAUACUCCAUUAGAAAACAUCAAACAAGAUUUGAAAAAAGUAUCAAAAGAAAAAGAAAAAGAAGAAGAAGAAGAGAUUCAUCAUCUUCCAGAUCGGGUUCCUAAAGACAUGAAUUUUGAAAGCUCAGAUGAUGAGACACAGGAUCCAAGUGGGAGGCCUGAGAAGAAAAGCUUCAAGUACGUUGAACCAGUAAGAAAGAAAGCCGAUAGGGCGAAUCUUAAAGGAAUUGAAUGUAAGCAGUGUAAAAAAUUCUAUGAUGCUGUUCUUCCUGAGGGGAGUGAUAAUAGUAAGCAGAAUCUGCGUUGUGAGCAUCAUGAGGGGGUUUCCAGGCAUCGAUUCAGGUUUGCUCCUCCUUCCACCCCUGAAGGUUUUUGGAAUAUUGGAUUUGAAUCUGAAAUGUGA